AUGGCAUUGUUCAGGAAAUUGUUCUACAAGAAGCCACCCGAUGGACUUCUCGAGAUUUCUGAAAAAGUCUAUGUCUUUGACUGCUGUUUCACUACUGAUGCUUGGGAUCAAGAAAGUUAUAAAGGUUAUGUGGGAAACAUAGUAAGUCAGCUUAAAGAUCAUUAUCCUGAUGCUUCAAUCCUGAUUUUUAAUUUUCGCAAGGGAGAUAUACCAAGCCAGCUUGCCUCUGCUUUGUCAAAUUAUGAUAUGACCAUAGUGGAAUAUCCUCUGCUUUAUGAAGGUUGUCCAUUGCUAUCCAUGGAGGUGAUCCACCAUUGUCUCAGAUCAUGUGAAAGUUGGCUUUCACUUGGGCUGCAAAACGUUCUUCUAAUGCAUUGUGAGCGUGGUGGUUGGCCGGUUUUGGCUUUCAUGUUGGCUGCACUCUUGAUCUACAGAAAAUAUUACACAGGGGAAUCGAAGACCCUGGACAUGGUUUAUAAGCAGGCUCCAAGUGAGCUGCUACACUUGUUUUCUCCAUUGAAUCCUCUACCUUCGCAACUGAGAUACUUACAAUAUGUAUCAAGGAGGAAUGUGGCUACAGAAUGGCCUCCGUUGGAUAGGGCACUCAGUUUGGACUGUGUGAUAAUGCGAAUGAUUCCUGACAUCGAUGGAAAUGGUGGUUGCUGUCCUAUAUUCAGGAUUUUUGGACAAGAUCCUUACAUGCCUGGCGAUAAAACCACCAAACUUUUGUUCUCAACCCCAAAGACGAGCAAGAAUGUUCGACAUUACAAACAGGCAGAAUGCGAACUGGUUAUAAUUGAUAUAGAUUGCCAUAUUCAAGGUGACAUUGUGCUGGAGUGUAUGAGCUUACAUGAUGACUUGGAGCAUGAAAAUAUGAUGUAUCGUGCUAUGUUCAACACAUCAUUUAUCAGGUCAAACAUUUUAAUCCUUAAUCGCGAUGAAAUUGACGUACUUUGGGAUGCUAAGGAUCAAUAUCCCAUGGACUUCAAGGCUGAGUUUCUUUUCUCCGAAAUGGAUGCUGCAGCUUCUGUAGUCCCAGAAUAUUCAUUUUGUUUUGAGGAGGAGGGUCUGCCUAUAGAAGCAUUUGCUAAAGUUCAAGAGAUGUUUAGCAGUGUGGAUUGGCUAGUUCCUAGAAGUGAUGCUACAUUCAAUGUGCUCCACCAGAUUGCUGCAUCAGACCAUGAGCAGAUGGAGACUAGUUCUCAUCAGGGUGUUGAAGGUAGCAACUUAUUUCAUGUGAUGACUCCUAGAAUGUAUCAGGAUAAAGAAAGUAUUGGAUCAUUGGAAAAUGAUCCAAACAGCUCCGUUUACUUGGCUAAGGAAAAGUCCUCUAGUGAUUCGCCAAGUUUACCAUCUCCUCAAACUUAUCCUUCAAAGAAUCUAGUUACUGCUGAUGUCGAGGUUAGAACUCUUCCACCCCAAUUGCCUUCUCCGACAAGUACUCCAACUCAGUCUGCAUUCCCACCCUCCAUGCUGCCUCCUAGCUCACCAUUAAAGGGCAUGGAUACUAAGGCCGGACCUUCUCGAACCCUACCUUCUCCAUCAGGUCCUGUAACUCCUCUAAAAGAAAAACGGGAUACUGAGGAUCAAGCUAUUAGAACUGGAGAAACUUCUGCAUCACCAUGUGCACCGCCAGCUUCUCCACCACCAUCUCCUCCAACUCCACCUUUGAAAGAGAAGCUAGCUAUUACCGGUGCAUCCUCUCCACCACGACCACGAACUCCGCCAACUCCACCUUUACAAGAGAAGCCGGCUAUGAAAGCUGAAACCUCUCCACCACCACCACCUCCUCCAACUGCAUCUAUGAAUGAGAAGCCAGCAACGACCGCUGGACCCUCUCCACCACCACCUCCUCCAACUGCACCCAUGGAAGAGAAGCCAGCAACAACCGCCGGACCCUUUCCACCACCAUCUCCUCCAACUGCACCCAUGACAGAGAAGCCAGCAACAACUGCUGGACUCUCUCCACCACCACCUCCUCCAACUGCACCCAUAAUAGAGAAGCCAGCAACAACUGCUGGACCCCCUCCACCACCACCUCCUCCAUUGGCACCUAUGAAAGAGAAGCCGGAAGUGAUGGCUGGACCCUCUCUACCACCACCACCACCACCACCACCUCCUCCGACAGCACCUGUGAACGAGAAGCCUGCAGUGACUACUGGACCCUUUCCACCACCACCACCACUACCACCACCUCCUCCAACUGCUUCCAUGGAAGAGAAGCCAGCACCAACAGCUGGACCCUUUCCCCCACCUCCGCCACCACCACCUAGAAGUGCAUCAUCCGCACCCCCUCCACCACCUCCCCCAGCUCCUUAUUCCUCUGCAUCACAGAUUUCUUCAAAUCCACCACCUCCACCUCCUCCACUAUCUUCUGCUCAGGGAGGUGUUGUACCACCACCACCACCACCAUCUCUGUCAAGAGGAGCCAAUGCGUCUGGCGCUCCAGCUCCCCCACCAUUUUUAGCUAGGGGGCGUGGUUUAUCACAGGCAAUGGCUUCAAAAAAUCAACAAGCGAAGAAACUGAAGCCUUUACAUUGGUUAAAAUUAACAAGAGCAGUACAAGGAAGCUUGUGGGCUGAAACACAAAAAUCUGGCGAAGCUGUGAAGACGCCCGAGAUUGAUAUAUCAGAACUCGAGAAUCUCUUCUCAGCGGCGAUUCCCAGUUCAGAUAAAGAGGCUCCAAAAUCAAAAUCUGCAUCAAAAGCUAAUAAACCAGAAAAAGUACAACUGAUUGAUCACCGACGGGCAUACAACUGUGAGAUCAUGCUCUCAAAGGUGAAGAUACCAUUGCAUGAAUUGAUGGACUAUGUACUUGCUCUAGACGAGUCAGCACUGGAUGUUGAUCAGGUAGAUAACCUCAUAAAGUUUUGUCCUACAAAAGAAGAGAUGGAAUUGCUAAAGGGCUACAAAGGAGAGAGGGAUAAAUUGGGCAAAUGUGAACAGUUUUUCAUGGAGCUAAUGAAAGUUCCACGUACAGAAUCUAAGCUCAGAGUUUUCUCUUUCAAGUUACAGUUUGGAUCACAGGUUUCUGAUCUUAGGAAGAGCCUAAACUCGGUAAAUACAGCGGUGGAACAGGUGAGGAGUUCCUCUAAAUUCAAGAGAGUCAUGCAAACAAUUCUCACCCUGGGAAAUGCUUUGAACCAGGGGACAGCAAGAGGCGCCGCUGUUGGGUUCAGACUGGAUAGCCUCCUCAAACUUACAGAUACCCGUGCUAGGAACAAAAGAAUGACUCUCAUGCAUUAUCUUUGUAAGGUGCUUGAGGAUAAACUACCUGAACUUCUCGAUUUUUCCAAGGAUCUUGACAGUUUGGAACCUGCAUCAAAGGUACAACUGAAAUAUUUGGCAGAGGAAAUGCAAGUUAUUAGCAAAGGACUGGAGAAAGUUGUCCAGGAAUUGUCAAUGGCUGAAAAUGAUGGGCCCGUAUCUGAAAAUUUUCGGAAGGCUCUAAAGGAGUUUCUUUGUUCAGCAGAAGGUGAAGCAAGAUCCUUGGCCUUACUGUACUCUGCGGUGGGUAAAAAUGUUGAUGCUUUGAUUCUUUACUUCGGAGAGGAUCCAGCCCGUUGCCCAUAUGAGCAUGUUGUUUCAACUUUGCGGAACUUUGUGAGAAUGUUCAAUCAAGCACAUGAGGAAAACAUCAAGCAACAAGAAGCCGAGAAGAAGAAGGCAGUGAAGGAAGCCUCGAAAGAAACGUCAAAACCAAGUGAUUCCAAUAUUGAAUCGGAACAAAUAAUAAACUCUCCCAAAGCUGUCAAAUAG